GAAGCACACGGGAGGACGAUUCAAGUUUCUUUUUUAUCUGCUCCAAAUAUGUCUUGCUUGAAGAACUUUUUCCUUUUUCUUUUGGGCAAUCCUUUACACAGGACAGGUACCGGUGCUGGAGAGUAAAAAGCCUGUGGGAGUCUGUGUAAUAAAGGAGCCAGAAGAUGCAUGUGGCAGUAAGGCUUUGCACUAACUUGUUUGAAGUUUUUUUUUUUUUUUUUUUCCCCAUGUCAGAGGUGAAGGAUUAUGCCUGGCAUAGGAAUUUUGGUUUCAAAUGAAGGACUUUAUGGACUGACUCUCAGCUCCCAGGCAGAUCAGCUGGCCAAUCUUCUUGCCUGUUUUAGUGUGUGAAUGGAGGAAUAUGCGUGGUUCUGUAUGAUUCAAGGGUGAUGCUAUUCCUUAGCAGUGGAACCGUGGAUGUGACCCCAAGGAGUGCCACCGAUGGUCAACAGCGGGAUGGGAUAACUGUCUACCAGCUCUCUGGAAAUCUGAAAGAAACGCAGAGAAAUGCAGCAUCAUCCGAGGCCAAAAUGGGCUGGGUCACUAACAACUUGGUGGAGGAUACCCACCCAAAGGGAGAGGUAAUGAACCUUGUGCCAAUGGAGAACAGCCCGAGGCCGGGCAGGGCACGGCAGGAGCUCAACAGGUGGCCCUCCCUGAGCGGCACGAGCAGACUUGGAAGCGAAAAAGAGGAGGUUGUUGUAGAGGAGGAGGUGGAGGGAAAAAUGAAGACAGACAGGUUUGUGAAACAACCCUCCAAGAACUCAAAAUGCAACAAGGACGUGGUUGAGCUAACAGCUCAGGCGGAUACCCAGAAGGAACAUAUUCAGAGUUCACCUUCAUGCUCUGUCACCGUCCGCGUUGAGAGGCUGGUCCGUGGGGGCCAUGUCACCAUUAAAGAGCACAGCUCAUUGCCUCGGGCUGUGUUACGAAUGCCGAAACAGAAUGGAGCCUUGCUCAGCCGGAGGACGAUGAGUAUGUAUGGCAGCCCAGAUGAGCAGCAACGAGAUUCUCAAUCGGGUCCAGAAAGACUGCCUGGGAGGCCAAGGAGUGUUUGCAUGCUGGCAGGCCCGGGUCCAGAUCUGUCAGACCCCCAAGCCCAGCAGCUCUCCAAAAAGGAAGGAGCUUUACAAAAUAACCAGCAACACAGGAGCAGGAAGGCUGAACUAAGGGCAGUGGAUGGCCUCAACUCUAUGUUGGCCCAAUGUUCAUCAGGGUCCGCAGAGGUCCCUCUUCGGGCCCGACAAAGGAGCUGGAAGCCCAGGCCUGUUAGUAUGACGGUACUGGAACUACGAAAGAUUGGCUCCGAUGAUGAUAUUGACAGUCAACGGAACUGUAACCGCACAGGCAACGAUGGAGGAGGGUUUUUUAAAGGUGGCUUUCCUUGGAAGCUGUUUGGCAGGACGCCUCAAGACAAGAGCAAGGACAAAGAGGUAGACAAAGAUGGCACAUCUUUCCUAAAAUCCAACAAAUCUGAAGCUACAUCUACGCUGAGCUCUCUAAAGCGGAGCUUCAGUUUGCGACUCAGGAGGACACGGCCGCCUGAGAAAAUCAACCUAGGGUCCCAGGGGGAGCCAAAGGGGUACUCUCAAAAUAAAAGUUCUGCAGAUACAGCAAUGCCUCCGCGGCCAUUCUCGUAUCUCACAGGAAAAACUCUUCCAGCUUCACGUGAACCCACAGACGAUGGGGGCAUGCAGCACAUUCAGUACCACAGCAGUGGGAAGACCAAGGUAAUGGAGGUACCCCUGUGUCCUUCAAAACUGUCUUCCCAACCAGUGUGCGAAGAGCAAAGCUUGUGGCAGCUCAUUGCCAGCCGUUUCAGGAGGAAAGAACAGCCAUACAAAUGUGAAUCCCUGCAGCCCAGCAACAACAAAGACCCGUAUCCCCAGCCUGGGAAUAAUAAGGCACAGCCAAUCACCAUAGAGACUCUGGCAGGCCCAGACUACCACAAAGGUCAAGACUCAUUCGUCAACAGCCAGGAAUGGACAUUGAGUCGAUCAGUUCCGGAGCUGAAAGUGGGCAUUGUGGGAAAUCUGUCCAGUGGGAAGUCUGCCCUGGUGCACAGAUACCUGACAGGCACAUAUGUGCAGGAAGAGUCUCCUGAAGGUGGACGCUUCAAGAAAGAAAUCGUGGUGGAUGGUCAAAGCUACCUGCUUCUCAUCAGAGAUGAAGGAGGGCCACCAGAGCUGCAGUUUGCUGCCUGGGUGGAUGCAGUGGUCUUCGUCUUUAGCCUGGAGGAUGAGAUCAGCUUUCAGACGGUCUACAAUUACUUCUUGCGCCUUUCCAGCUACAGAAACACAGCUGAGGUGCCCAUGGUCCUCGUUGGAACACAAGAUGCAAUCAGUGCAGCCAAUCCCAGAGUGAUUGAUGACUCCCGGGCCAGAAAGCUGUCCAACGAUCUGAAGCGCUGCACAUACUACGAGACCUGCUCCACCUAUGGCCUGAAUGUGGAGAGAGUCUUCCAGGAUGUUGCCCAGAAGGUUGUGGCCAUGAGGAAAAAGCAGCAGCUAUCUAUCGGUCCAUGCAAAUCUCUCCCUAACUCUCCGAGUCACUCCUCAGUGCCAGCUGCGUCCAUCCCGUCUGUUCACAUUAACCAGGCAGCCAAUGGUGGGGGUGCGUUUAGCGACUACUCCUCCUCUGUUCCCUCCACCCCCAGCAUAAGUCAGCGGGAGAUGCGCAUUGAGACCAUCGCUGCCUCCAACACACCCACACCCAUCCGCAAGCAGUCGAAGCGGCGCUCCAAUAUUUUCACAUCACGGAAAGGCAGUGAGCAGGCAAAGAGCGUUGACAGUAAAACAGACAGCAUAGGCAGUGGGAGGGCCAUACCUAUCAAACAGGGAAUCCUUCUGAAGCGAAGUGGCAAAUCCCUCAACAAGGAGUGGAAAAAGAAAUAUGUCACACUGUGCGAUAAUGGCGUCCUCACUUACCACCCCAGCUUACAUGACUACAUGCAGAAUGUGCAUGGAAAGGAGAUUGAUUUGCUGAGGACGACAGUGAAGGUGCCGGGGAAGCGACCUCCCAGAGCCGUGGCCACCGUGGCGCCCAGUGCUAGCCCCAAAACCAAUGGACUAACGAAGGACCGCAGCGCCCUGCAACUCGGCGUAGGAAACACAGGUGCAACUCACUCCAACAGCAGCAUCUCCUUACAGGCGGGUGGGUCAGCGUUCGGCGGCAGUAAAGACGGCAUGCACCAGCGCUCCUUCUCUGUGUCCAGUGCUGACCAGUGGAAUGAAGCCAUCAACACCAGUACAAGCAGCGGAGCCCCCAAUGGGAUGAGCGAUCCUGCGAAUUCCAGCAUGGGCAGCGCCACGAGUCCUAAACUUGAGCCACCUCCAUCUCCGCACGCCAACCGCAAAAAGCACAGGCGGAAAAAGAGCACAGGCAUCACAAAGCCGGAUGGGCUAUCGGCGGGCAAUGAUGAGCAAGAGGAUUCCUUCGAGUUCAUCAUUGUGUCAUUGACGGGACAAACGUGGAACUUCGAAGCGUCUACAUACGAGGAGAGAGAACUAUGGGUCCAAGCAAUUGAGAGCCAGAUCUUUGCCAGCCUGCAGUCCUGUGAGAGUAUCAAAAACAAGUCUCGGUUAGGCAGCCAAAGUGAUGCAAUGGCCAUUCAGUCCAUACGGAACGUGAGGGGGAACAGCUUCUGUGUGGACUGUGAUGCACCCAACCCGGAUUGGGCCAGUUUGAACCUGGGCGCCCUGAUGUGUAUCGAGUGCUCGGGCAUGCACAGGAACCUGGGCACCCACCUGUCUCGCGUGCGCUCUCUGGACCUGGACGACUGGCCGGUGGAGCUCAGCAUGGUGAUGACAGCGAUCGGCAACGCGAUGGCCAACAGCGUGUGGGAGGGCUGUCUGGAGGGAUACACGAAGCCAGGGAGCGACAGCACCAGGGAGGAGAAGGAGCGCUGGAUCCGAGCCAAGUAUGAGCAGAAGCUGUUCCUGGUCGGGCUGCCUCAGUCGGACGUUCCCCUGGGGCAGCAGCUGCUCCGGGCCGUGGUGGAGGACGACCUGAGGCUGGUGGUGCUGCUGCUGGCCCACGGCACCAAGGAGGAGGUCAACGAGACUUACGGGGAUGGAGAUGGACGCACCGCGCUGCACCUCUCGUGCGCCAUGGCCAACGUCGUGAUCACGCAGCUACUCAUCUGGUAUGGCGUGGAUGUGAAAAGCCGAGAUGCUCGUGGCCAAACACCACUGUCCUGCGCCCGGCGAGCCGGGAGUCAGGAGUGCGCCGACAUCCUGCUGCAACACGGCUGCCCCAACGAUGCCAGCAGCCUGAGCUCCGCCCCCACGUCCAACGUGAGCCUCCGCAACCCCAACAUCAACAACAACAACGCCCAGUGUGAGCUCAACCGCAGCAUCAGCAUCAUGUAGGCGCGAGAGAGACGCUAGCUGCAGACAACAAGAAGACCCGCCCGUGUGUCCUUGCUGUACUUCCUCUGUUUCACACUGUGUAACCCAGAAUCCGUACCAAUGGAGAAAUAUCAGGAGUUAUGAAGUUACUGGAGACGUUCCACUGCGCUGCGAGUUUGGACAUUGUACAUUGUUUUUAAUUUUUAACUUUUUUUUCCCCGCCCUCCUGACUUUGUUCAGUCUCGGUCUGAAAUGAUCACGAUCAGCUUUAAGAUUUAUGUUUUUGAAGCCUCAACCAAAACAAAUGACUUCCUUCUGCAUUCAUGCCUACCGUACAGAAAACAUACCCUUAAUGCUUAUACAUUUCCUAUUAUGUCCUCUCCCUUUUUUUUUUUUUUUUUUUUAAUGUGAAGCAAGGAAUAUAAUGAGCGUGAGUCACAAAAAAAAACGCCUUCAAAUUUUCAAGCUUAAGUGUCAAAACACAGAAGAGUAGAAAAGUAGUUUGCGCAAGUGAGAAAAACACUGACGGGGGAAGAAACUUAAUCUCUCAUAACCGUGGCUGUUACAGCUUUCACAGUGAUGUAUGUCUUCAACACAGCUAUCAUAUACAAAAGCAAAGCAAUUAUGGUUAAAGAGGCCAAAUGAUUUUGACACUUUAUUCACAGGGAAAUGAAUUUGGAUCAUCACAGAGAGAGCUGAUUGCGGAAUUCCCAUUGGCUGAAAGGGAGUCAUUUUCUAUGGCACAAUCUUUCAGUAAACGUGUCCAUGACUAUAAAGGAAUUAAGGCCCGUGAUGUUUUAGGACUAUUAAGCCGCACUGCUUUGUAAGUGUGCCUCUUCAAUCAAAAUUCAUUCAGAUUCAAAGGUUUGAUUGAAACUGUGAACUUCUACCAUUAUGAUCUCUUUGUUAGAAUUAUUGUUAUUUUUUUUUUUAAGAUUGAGUAGAUUGUGUUGGUAAUAGUUUCAGAGAUAACACCACACGAUUCUGGGAGAUCCACACACCUCCUGUGGCUCAUAGAUAUAAAACCUGGUACUCUAGAGCUCAUAUCUGCUAUUGUUGCUGUGAAAUACACAUGUGGUACCGUUUGCGUGUGUGAGUGUGUGCGUGCGUGUGUGUGUGUGUGUGUGUGUGUGUGUGUGUCCAAACAUGCAUCAGGGGCAUUUCUGCGGAGAAGUCAUGAACUUAAAGUCAAGAUUUGGGAACAUAACUGAAUUUUAUUGUACAUAUAUCUGUAAAAAAGUAGUUUGGAUGUUCCUUUGCCUUAUUCCUUAUAAGAGCUGUCUGCGCUUGGCCAGACUUGUAAUCAAAAUAAACAAAUUACCCCUGCCCUUUUCCUCUGGCAUUUCCCAUCCUCACAUCGUGUGAGCGUAAAAGCUUAGACGCAGCAACAUGCAUUGAUGUGAAUGAAGUAAAGGCGGUAAAAGGGAUUACAAUCAGAAAGAGGUUUCUUUCGUGCAGUAUUCUAUAGAUAUUUUCACCAGUUUUUUUAUAGGGUUUUUUAAGUUUUGUUUUGUUGGUUUACAAAGGCAAAUAGUUUGUUUACAGGGCUAAUAACUACAAGGUACCUUAUCUGAAACACUUAUGUCGAUGCUUUAUAGUUUGCCUCUUUUCCCAGCCAACUCGAUAUGUACAUGUGGCUAAAAGAGGAUGCUUGUACGACUGAGGAAGGAAUUAUUUGACUUUUUUUUUUUGUAAAUAUGCUAUUUUCUUGCUUAGAGCUGAUUUAAAGCAACUCAAAUAGAAUUGAGAAAAAAUAGAGAUGAUGCAACACUUCCCCUGCCCAUCUUUGCUCAGAGACAUACACCGUUCACCACGCUUCAAAUUCACCACUACAUCCAUUUUAGAUGCGACAGGAAAAUGAAGUUGGCAGCAAAGUACAACUAAUUGGUUCUGAUGAUGUCACUGGAGGUAACCUGCUGAUCCAUCAGACUCUUUAAUAUUGACUUUCGAUUUACACUACUGUAGUACUAUUUUUAUUUCAUUUUUUUAAAGAAAUUAUGGGAAAUAAUGAUUCCCUGCAUAAUUUCUUUCUUUUAAAUGCAAUAAAGGUUUUUGUUGAGGUAUGAACAGGUAUGAGAUUUUCAUGCAGCGAUGACCUUGAGGAAAAAUAACAUUGUUUCAGGGCAUCAAAAAAACAUAUAAAGCAAAAAUCUGUAAUAUGUUUUUUUUUUUUUUUUUUAAACAGAAAAGCUACAGUUGUUCGCCAAUGCUGCUUAAACAAUGCAACAUUAUUAUUACAGUGACAAUAUCGUCUGACAUUUUUAUAUAUCAUUGUAGUUCUAGUUGUAGCUUUUAACUGCUCUUUGAAUUUCUGCUCUUUUUAAUAUAACUCUCAAUGUUACAUUAAAAAGAAUAGAGAUUGGCCUUCUUUUAGUCUCACCUUCGCUGGUAUCCAUGUUUUUUUUUUGUUUGUUUUGUUGUUUUUUCAGUCAGCAAUAUUUCCUAACAGCCAAAUCAUUCUAAGCAGGGGGAAAGUACAGCAACUUUCUUUUAGCCAGCGGGCCAGCAGUGCACAGCAACCAGAAAACCCUGGUCAGUGUUGCAUUUUUCUCUAACAUCUCAUUAAAGGGUCUUUAGAUCUUAGGACCAAAAUGAUUUAAAGUCUUUUGGGGGGUUUUGACAUCUUCAUAUACCUUAGCACUGUUAUCCAGCCCAUGCUAGGUAGAACUGAUGAGGUAGAUGAUAUUACCUGUGAUUGAGUCUUCCAUCGCGGCGUCUGCUUCCUAAAACCUUAAAACUAGAAGAUUUAUUUGUGCUCUUAAGCAGUUUAAAAACAACAAGAAUUUGACUUUGUAGUGCCAAAUGCAGUCUACCUUUGCCAGGUUUCUCUUUGGUUGAGAAGGUUGUCCUCUGUGUGUGUAUACAUGUCUGUUAGGGUACUUUUUGCUGAUUACACUGACUAGAUGGUCCAUGAGAUACUGAAAUACUACUGGGUACAUCUUGUAACUGCAUAUUCUCUUGAUCUAUUCACGCACACAAACAAAAAGUGCGUCAAGACUCUUAAAAAGCACAUUUCCCAUCAAAAAAUGCCAAACGAUUCCUUCGAUACCACAAAGGUCCACCUGAUUUCUGUUCAGAUUAUCACCUCGUACUGUACUGUGAUAUAAGCCUUAUUUCUGAUCGUUACUUGACCACCUUAUUUCACUGAGACUUUUCAUGGUUCAGUGGGAUGACAGAGGAGCUCCAUGUGUACAGCAAUUACCCUGAAUCCUUAUUUACAUACUGUAGAUGAUAGGAAGAGAAAACACUAGAAUACCUGCCUGUUUGAACCCAAACAAAUGAUAUGAAGUGUACAUAUUAGCUUGGGGCUUUUAUCUAAAGGAAAGGUCCUCCUGGAGAAAUGAACUUAAACUGGUUUUUGGUCAUCUUGAUCCAUAAGUUGCUUUUGUUUCUCUUUGAACAUAUUUUUUUAAGGUCCUUCUGUUUGGAUCUCAACAUAACCGACCAUCUUUGGUACUUGUGUAUAAUGAUGUACAUUUGACAUAUUUAUAAUGCAGUAUGUAAAUAUCUUUUUUUUUUGUUGUGUGUGUUGGUUUCUUGUUCGUUUUACCUAUUAUAUUUCCUUUUAUGUCCAGAACGUAAAAACGAAGUUAAAGCUAAAGAGUGACAUGUUGUAUGCUUGGAUGCUUGGCUGGCUAUUAAUAAACACUCAAAUAAAACAUUGUAGCCUUCCCCGAAUUUGGGGAAACUGACACAUUU